CGUAGUUCGUGCGGCUGACCAGGCGCGGAAUCAGAACGGAGGGCGGGUUGGCUUCGCGUCCCAGAACUACCAUUCCCGUGAGGCCAUGCGGCAGCAGAGUUGCGGGGGAGAGCUGGUGCGUCGUGCUUGCGCAGGUCCUGGGACUGGAGGGAGGCGGGAGACACAGCGGUCCAACUGCUGAAGUCUCCAUGUGACAGUAAGCGGGGUCCCCUCUCCACACGCCACUGGCCCCCACGUCCCAGCCACCGGCACUGGCCACUGUCCUAGCGCCGAGAGACCAGCAGGCCCCGGACACUGGGCGUCGGGCCGCGCGGCUGCCAGACUUCGGGUGCAGAGCGAACUGCCGGCCCGGGAGGGAGGUGGAGCGGAGAGACCAGCGGGGAAUCUGUGUUGGCGCCGGCGCCCCUGAGCUCGCUGACAUGAACGGCUUCACGCCGGAGGAGAUGAGCCACGGCGGGGACGCAGCUGCCGCUGUGGCUGCGGUGGUCGCGGCUGCUGCGGCCGCCGCGUCGGCGGGGAACGGGAACGGGGCGAGCGGCGGGGCGGAGGUGCCGGGCGCCGGGGCGGUGUCGGCGGCGGGGCCCCCGGGAGCGGCCGGCCCGGGCCCGGGACAACUGUGUUGUCUGAGGGAGGACGGAGAGCGGUGCGGGCGCGCGGCGGGCAACGCCAGCUUCAGCAAGAGGAUCCAGAAGAGCAUCUCCCAGAAGAAGGUGAAGAUCGAGCUGGAUAAGAGCGCAAGGCAUCUUUACAUUUGUGAGUAUCAUAAAAACUUAAUUCAGAGUGUUCGAAACAGAAGAAAGAGAAAAGGGAGUGAUGAUGAUGGAGGUGAUUCACCCGUUCAAGAUGUUGACACUCCAGAGGUUGAUUUAUAUCAAUUACAAGUAAAUACACUUAGGAGAUACAAAAGACACUUCAAAUUACCAACCAGACCAGGACUUAAUAAAGCACAACUUGUUGAGAUAGUUGGUUGCCACUUUAGAUCCAUUCCAGUGAAUGAAAAAGACACCCUAACAUAUUUCAUCUACUCAGUGAAGAAUGACAAGAACAAAUCAGAUCUCAAGGUUGAUAGUGGUGUUCACUAGGAGAGAUGGUAUUCAGACUAGCACAUAGGUGUUUGACUGUUAAGAAUGUUUACUGUUUUUCACAUGUAGAAAUGUUCCUUGUGUAUUUUUUCUACAGAGGAAUUUUCUCUGUUUUUAUUUUAUUUUUUUGUUUUUGACUCUUAAUAAUUAGUAUAAUGAACUUCCUAGAUUAAACAUAUUUUAAAUAAAGGUUAUUACUAUUA